AUGGCGGCUUUUCUAUCAGAGGGAACCACUACGGCGCCACCAGGCGCCACUCUUGUCUCUCCUCAGAGUUGCUACUGGGAGAGUACGCGCACUUCUUCGACCUCGACUUUCUCUUCUCCCUACUACUACUACAACGACGACGAGUCCAACUACGCAUCUACCCCUUCGCCGCCGCCGGUGCCGCCGCCAAUUCGCAGAAAGCCGCUACCGCCUAACGUUGCUCCUCUACACUUGAACGCCGCGCCAACUCAGCCUAGGAGGCCGUCUGCGUCCUCCUCGGGUCAUGAUUCGCUUCCCCAAUCCGCUACGUCGAUCAAUUUCUCUGUGAGAGACCUCGAUAGUCUGAAUGCGGUAAUUCAGAGCCUCAAAGAUCACAAACGGUCUUUCACCAUGGCCUUACACCCUCCCCAGCACGCACCAUCUGCAAGACCUCCGCCUCUACGAGUCGACUCUUCUAGUGUUCGGUCAAUGUCUAACGGCUCCGUCGACUACAGACCAACACCAAAGACCCCAGGAAGCAAGAUCACCUCCUUCUUCGGCUGGAAGACUAACGCGGGCUCUGCUUCUCCAGGUAACGAGUCCUGCGCCACUGAGAUCUCAGAUUCUGCUUUCUCCCCCAUACCUUCUCCUAUGACCUCCGUGAAUCCUUCCACGGCUGCGUCUACCGUAUAUGCAAACACCCAUCGACCGCAGGACUCCUUCUCUUCCCUGCCCAAGAUGACCGGCAGGUCUCAAACCAUGCCAAUGGACGCCAGCGUGACUUCCCGGCUAGCGGAUAUGGAACACGAACUACGUGAGAUCAGCUCAGAGCUGGCUGGCUCCAUCCGCCGAGAAAUGGAGCUCGAGGAUAUUGUCGAGAGAAUGCAACUGGAGAGCAGUGAAAGCGAUAGAAGAGGCAGUGAAUAUUACUUUUCGGAUUCGGGCCAGGGUUCCUCCGUCAAGGAUCUAAGUAUAAACGGCAGUACCAAGGCGGAAGACAUCGAAAAGUUAAAGAGGAGCUAUGAACAGGAACGCGCGCAACUGAAGAUUGAUCUCUCGCAAAAAUGGCAGGAAGAACGUUCGCGGAGACAGGUUGCGGAGUCGCACGUUCAGCUUCUCGAAUCUCAAAUAAGUCAGUUUCGACGGGAAAAAGUUGAGGCAUCAAAUGCCGCUGGGAAAUCGAAAGAACUUGAAGCUGCGUUAGAAGAUACCCGUCGACGGCUUACCGAGGAACGACAGCUAAAGGACAACAUGGAAGACCUUCUUACUGGCAUGAGAGUGGAGCUCGAGCAACAGAAAUUAGAACGAGACCAGCUACAUGCCCAAAUGCAGCAAGAUAUGCAGAACCUCCGCAAUGAAAAUAAUGUCCUCUCGCAGCCUCGGAAGUUACCGCUCGACAUGCCCCAGUCACCUCGUAUCGACUCGAUCGCCGAAGAGGCUAUCGGUAUUGGCAUCGGGCUAAGCAAUAAUCGGGCAUCCGGCGGUCUAUCUAGAUCUAAUUCCCUGGCAAGAAUACCCCCGGUACGAAAUGGCGUUUCCCGAUCCGGUUCGCUCUCUCGUCCAACGUCAAUGAUCGUAAAGGGACCCGAAUUCCAUGAGUCGUUGGUAAACCAAAUGAAGGAUGUCGAGACUCAGCGCGACGCCCUUCACCAGACGGUUAAGAGUUUACUCGAACGCCAGUCUUACCAGGCUCGUCAGCAUGAGAAACGUCUUAAGCUGAUGGAACUCGAGCUAUACCGUGUUCGACAGUCCAACUCGCCUCGAAAGAAGAGUUAUGAACGUGACGUUAAAAACUUGCGUGAAGAGAUAAACAUCUUACGUCGUCGCGCGGAUGACGCCCUCGACCAAAAGUGGCAGUGUGAGAAGGGCCUUGCUGGGCUUAAGAUGGAUCUUGACCGUGCCGAACAAGAAACCAGCUCUCUCCGUGCCCUAUUGGAGGAUUAUGAUAUUUCAGCUCCUCAGGUAGAAGGUAAUGAUGCAGGCAUGAUGACCGAUUUCCACGCCAUUGCUAGCUCCUUGGAAGAAAUGUAUUCGCAGCUCAAAAUCGCAAAGGAGAAUGCUGAACCAGGGUCUCCGAUACCAAAUGAAGCUCUUGAGGACGAUAUCAGAAAACAAGUUGCUUCAAAUGCCGCUCUGCGAGCCCGCCUUGCCGAUGCCAUAAGCCAGGGUGAACGUGAACAAAAGCUUUCGGCAACGAAGAUUAAUGAGAUGCAAUCUAAACUCAAGUCCUUGGAGGAAAUUCUCAUGCUCGCACAGCAACGCUCAGAGGAAGAAGUUGGGAAGCAUGAGCAGGACAUCUCUGCUCUCACGGAAAACCACAAUGCCCUCUUGCUUAGAGCCAAGGACGGCAUUCGAAGCCCCAUGGUGCUUUCCCCCGUCUUGCCCAACUCACCCUUUCCAGCAUCUAGAUCACCUCGUCUCAACAGGACGACUAGUGGCGAUGCCCAGGGCUUAAACCAGGUGGCUCAGAUCACGAAUCUUGAAAGCAAAGUUAGAGCUUUGGAGCAAGCCUUGAGAGACGCAGAUGCUGAGAUGGGCGAGGUCGUAAGUCGUAUGAACACGGCACAAAUGCAGGUCGCCGAGCUGCAAUCGGACAGGGAUGAAGCACUUCGCCAGACAAGGAAGCUACAAGCUCAAAUACAGCAAUGCUAA